AUGAAUUGUAUUUAUUACACAAAGCUAUAUUUUCUCCAUAAUCAAAUACAGAAGACAGACAUGGCUGGAGCAUCUCAAGUCUAUAUUUUCUUCGGUGCACCUGUUCCUUCAACUUCACUAGAGGCAGCUAAUGAAGAGAGUUUUUUAUCCUCCGCUUCUGAACCAUGGAGAAAGCUCCAUCUUUCAUUUACAGAAGACACUUUUAACCAUUCUACUAUAAAAUGCAAGGAUCCUAAGCAGACAGAGAAUCCUACAACCAAUGAUGCAGUGUUGGCUUCCUACACCAAAAAGAAUUUCAUAGCAAAUUUUGAAAAGAAAUGUGGGUUAGUUGACAGUUUUUUGAUGGACCAUGUGAAUGAUGGUAUGAACAAUGAAAUUAAGGAGAGAGAUGAGUCACCUGGAAGUGCUUGUCAUGUCUAUGGAGAUACAAAUGCAGACAACCAUGUGAAGUAUGUUAGGUGUCAGCAGUUUCCCAGUGAUGGAAGAACAGAUGAUCAAUGUAUCAAACUAUUGGAAGAGGCUGGAGGAGAUACCAAAAUACAUAACCAUCUUGAUAUUUCUCCUCUGGUUUCCAGUCCCCAAAAGAUUAGCAGAGGUUUGCCAUCUGUGCAGCAGGAUGAUGAGUUAUCACACUUCCAGGGUGAACAUGACAAGUUGUGGGAGAUAUGUUGCCCUGACAUAACAAAAGAAGCAAAGAAACUACUGGGUCCGUGUCCAAGGCUUGCCUUAUCAACAAACACUGAAUUUCUUAGUAUUUUGACCUCAAGUCAAGUUACUCUCCUUUCAAGAAGGCCUGCAGCAGGACAAAAUGAAAUGGAAAAUGAAUCUACAAAGGUUAAGGGAAUGGAAUUGGUUGGAUCUUGUAAGGAGAGUGGAAAAACUGUGGAUACAUCAGUUCAAUUAAAUGAGAAAGCUGGCACAUGUUCUAUUGCGGCUGAGAGAAAUCUCAGUCAAGUCAACGAAAGCUCUCCUGAACUCUUCAGUUCCGAUAGUACUUCAAAAGAUGGCAGCCUAACAUAUUUGAAAAGAGAAAAUAGCUUUCAGAAAAAUGCUAUGGGAUCAGUUGGCCUUUUGUGUUCUCCUGGUGACAAUAUUGAUAAUGGGGUAUACAUUCAGCCAUGGAAGAGUGGGAUACUGUGUUCACAAGGGAGCAACUCACCAAAAGAAUCCUCUAAAAGAUCUCGAGCAUCUGAAGACGUCUUACCUGCAACUGACUUUGCAAUUGCAGACCAGCAGCAACCGAAGAAAACUAAGCUGGUUUAUUCUUCCAUUUUUUCUGUUCGACAAAUGGAGCAACUGAAAAUAUCAUCAUUGAAAAAAGUUCAGAGGCAUCCAUCGUUGCUUAAAGACUGCGACCACAAAGGCCAGAAGUAUAAUGUCUUAGUCACAGUGCUACAUCCAUGUCAUAUCAAAGAAAUACAACUGAAGUCAGGAACUAAAUUAUCCCCUAAAGUCCCCUUAGCUACUAUUGUAGUGUUUGAUCAGUCAGAAAUCCAACGGAAGGUUGUACUGUGGAGAGCAGCUGCAUUCUGGUCACUUACAGUAUUUCCCGGAGAUAUCGUUCUACUUACAGAUGUUGGUGUGUAUGAAAAUCACUGGGCUGGGGAGAUAAUACUGCAAUCAACAUUUACUAGUCAGUUAUUGAACCUUGGGAGCUGCUUAACUAUCCAUCCAAAUGAAUUCUCCAACGUAGUGGACAUUAAUAUUCUCCAGGAAUUGCUGGUGUAUGUGUCUUCCAAGCAUGCCUGUUUUCAAGCUCUCCCCCCAAGAGAGCCACAGACACUCAGCAGCAUACGAAAUGUUCUCCUAAAUCAACUCCAAGCUGAUAUGUUGGUGCACUCCAUAGUGAAAAUUGUCGACAUCAACGUGCUAGCAGAAUCUACAUAUAGUUACAGAGGAGCAAAACAAACAAAAAUUAUUCUAACAGUGGAGCAGGUCAAAGAACAGCACUAUGCCUUGGUGUUAUGGGGAACCACCGCAGCCUACCGUCCUCAGCUUCAAAGAAAAAAAGAUCACAUAUGGCAAGUGAGGUAUUUGUUUGCAAAGCACAACCCUGUCUCUGGUGAACUGGAAUUGCACACAACCCCGUGGUCAUCCUUUGAGUGUCUCUUUGAUGAUGACAAAAGAGCCGUUGAGUUCAAAGAGAAGUUUGACGAGAGUGUCAAAUCACUGAGGAGAGUGGCCGGCCUUCCUGCAUGCCUGGAGGAGAAACGUUCUGGAGUCAUCCAAGUGAGAGCCCACAUCUCAGAACUGAAAUUUACCAUCGCUUCCUUUCCAUGCGGACAGCUUGUUUUCAAUGUGGGUACUUCGCUCCAGCACAUCUUUGGUUCUCUUUCUUGGAUCACCUACACAGGUUGUGCAAAAUGCGGACUUGAACUACAAAUGGAUCACAACAAAAUCUACCAACAGUGCUUUAGCUGCUUGCCCUUGAACAAAAUGAAAAUAUUCUACAGAUCCGCAUUGAUGACUAUAGAGGAUGGGGGCUAUGAAGUCUCUGUGCGGGUGGUGCCAGAGCUGAUGGAGAAAAUGUUCCUCAAUAUUCCAGCAGACUGGCUGAACAAGACCGUAGAGCCGUCCUUGGGUACCACCUACGGCAUGAUUGUAGCAGACUUGUGCCGUUCCCUGGUCACAGACACUAAAGCAUCCUAUAUUUUUGAAAUGAGGAGUAAGUUUGUUCUGGAUGAAAACAGCUGUCCUUUGGAGAAGAACCUCCACCUGCUGGAUUUUCAUAUUGAUCUGUGAAAUGAGAGCUUCUGACCAAGAUGGCUAAUCCAGCUCCCCCCCCCCCCAAGGAAAGAAAAGCCCCAGAAAAUA